AUGCUCGACCCAAUCGACGAAACAUCCUACCUCGACCCCGAAGUCAGAGAAUACCCCCAACCAACCACCAGCCCCUACAAAGCCCCAGUCGUCACCCUCAUAAUCGGCCGCGACGAAUACAUAAUCCCGGAAUUCUAUCUCCGGCAAUUCCCCCAGCUCCGCCGCAGCCACAAAGCCUUCGAACAGGGCUUCAACCCCAGCCUGAAAUUCGUCUCUAGUCUCGACGUCGACGAAGAUAUCGGCCACACCCUCGUCCAUUACCUCUACACAGGCGAAUAUGAGACCCUCCGCGACGGCCCGGAUCCAGCGGUCCCAAAACGCACGAUAGAAUAUCGGCGCAGCGCGCUGGCGUACCUUGCCGCCAGGAAAUAUGGGCUAAGUGGACUCGAGUCGCAUGCGAAGCAUUAUAUCGAGGUUUUCGAUCGUGAUGUGCCCACGCCGGAUAUUCUGCGUGUGGCGAGGGUUAUUUAUUCGAAGCUGCCGCGGGAUGAGACGUGGUUUCAGGAUUAUAUUCGAGUGAAGAUGGAGGAUGAGUUGGAGGCCGAUGUGGAGGUUUUUAAGCGGGAUUGGUUUCUUGCGGUCAUUGGGCGCGAUCCGGUGUUUGAUCGGUUGUUGGUGCAGAUUAUGGUGGAUAUUUAUUCGGAGAAGUUGGCGGCGUUUAAUUUUCAGAGGCUGGAAGGGGGACGGCAUAUUGUGCAUUCGAUGGCGAACGGGGAUGCCGUGAGAAUUGUGGAGGAGGCGAUUCCUGAGGAGCCGGAGGAGGAGCCUGUCUUUGAGGAUGUUGUGCCGGAGGUUGAGCUGGCUCAUGGAUACGAUGGGUCUGGGGAAGAGGAGGGUGCCGUUGGGUGUGAUGAUGAACGCCGGUCUUAUGAGCGCGAACAGGAUACGGAGCCGAUUAGUGAUGAUUGGCCCUUGACGCCAUCGCCUCCUCCGUCUUGCUCUCCUCAACCUACCGAGGAGACGCUUCCUGUUGAGGAGAAAAGUUCUCUUUCCAAUUUGCAGCCCAAAAGUCAGCCCGAGUCCAACGAUGAGCCCAAGGAUGAUGACUUUCUCUCCUGGGGCCCGCUCCGGAAACGGGGUAAGGCAAAGAAGAAAAACAAGAAGCUCAAGAUCGUCGAGCCGGAAUCUGAACCGAACGCGGAGCAGGUACCCACGGAAAGGUGGCCUCAGAUUCGGCACGCUGCGUCUGAUGAGUCGUAUAUUCAUGCGCCGCCAACUCCUUUAAGCCCUGUCUAUGAGGAACCGACCCCAUUGCCUUUGCGGCCGGCUUCGGCGUCUCUUUUGGAGGGAGCUACCCAUUAA